AUGGCGGCGGCGCGCUUCGACUCGGCCGACCGCUCGGCCUGGUACGUGGGCCCGCUGUCGCGGCAGGAGGCGCAGGGCCGGCUGCAGGGCCAGAGGCACGGCGUCUUCCUGGUGCGCGACUCGUCCACCUGCCCCGGCGACUACGUGCUGUCGGUGUCCGAGAACUCGCGCGUGUCCCACUACAUCAUCAACUCGCUGCCCAACCGGCGCUUCAAGAUCGGCGACCAGGAGUUCGAGCACCUGCCGGCGCUGCUCGAGUUCUACAAGAUCCACUACCUGGACACGACCACGCUGCUCGAGCCGGCGCCCAGGUAUCCAAGCCCACCUAUGGGCUCUGCCUCAGCACCCAACCUGCCUCCUGCAGAAGAAAGUGUGGAGUAUGUGCGGACUCUGUAUGAAUUUUCUGGAAACGACCCUGAAGAUCUGGCUUUUAAGAAGGGUGAGGUCUUGGCCAUUGUCGAGAAACCCGAGGAGCAGUGGUGGAGCGCACGCAACAAGGAUGGGCAGGUUGGGAUGAUUCCUGUGCCUUAUGUAGAGAAGCUGGUGAGAUCUUCCCCUCACGGCAAGCACGGAAAUCGGAAUUCCAACAGUUAUGGGAUCCCCGAACCUGCUCAUGCCUACGCCCAGCCUCAGACAGCAAAUCCUCUCCCUGCGGUCUCCAGCCCUCCAGGGGCAGUGAUGAGCCCCCCGCCCUCCACCCAGAACGGACCUGUCUUUGCAAAAGCGAUUCAGAAGAGAGUCCCCUGUGCUUAUGACAAGACUGCCUUGGCCUUGGAGGUGGGUGACAUCGUGAAAGUGACAAGGAUGAACAUCAAUGGCCAAUGGGAAGGAGAAGUCAACGGCCGCAAAGGGCUCUUCCCUUUCACGCACGUCAAGAUCAUUGACCCUCAAAAUCCAGAUGAAAACGAGUGAUUUCUGUUACCCGUGUCUACUGCUGCUGCUACUGCUUCAUGUUCUGGCUCUCAUUAGUAGCAUCCUCUGAAAUGGGAUUCCAUUCUCUCUCACAGGGCAAGCUAGGGAGCCUGGCCCAGCUCUCCAGCUUGCUUCCGUUUGGUGGUCUUUUCUACACAUCUGGAAUGCACACAGCUGGCAGCCUUUGGGCCUUGGGAUCGUCGCUGGCUUGUCUUAGACUUAGCCAAUUGAGGACCUUUUUGGAUCUUAGGCUGGAAAGCCCGAGCGGAAACAGCCAGGCAAAAGGACAUUGAGGAGGAAAGGGUCUGUCUGCACCCACUUGGAUGCUCUCUUGGCUUCAUCCCAUCAAAUUCAGUUGGAGAAAGAAAGCAUUUGGCAGUUAUACUUGAACUUGGUGUAUAGCUCAUCCUCAGUGAUACUUGGUGUGCCAUCUUCAUCUUCUUUUUGAGGGGAAAUCACGGAACUCAAGGAACAGGAGAGAAUUCUGUCCUGUCACAGUAGAAGCUGAAUUGGGACUUGGGGGAAGAAUCAUUGGAAUAUGUAUUCUGAACAGUCAUAAAUGACAAGUUUUCUCAAUACGAGGAAAUCUGCCUGCCUCUGAGCUUCUGAAGUGAAAUUUCUUUGACUUAAGGAAAAAACUACAUUGAAGCCAAGGCCUGUCUUUGUAUCACGUCUUCAUUGUUGUAAAUGGUAGCCUGUUUUGCUAUGUGCUAAACAGAAGGAAAAAAAAUCAUAUUUAAUUCCAUCUUUCCAAGCACUGUAAACUGUAGAAAACAGACUUAAAGGAGAAAUACUUCCUUUUACUUUUUCCCAGUGAAACCAUUCUGAAUCUACACACACACGCACGCACACACGCACACAUGCACACACACGCACCACACGCGCACACACACAUGGAGCCAUUUCAUUUUAUUUGUUUGGUCUGCUUUCAAUGAAUGCCCGUUUGAAAGGUGAACCAAUAGUCUUCCCUAAGGAAGAUUGUUCUCAGAACCUUGGAGUCGAAUCCACCGCCAUGGAAAGCGAGCAGUUUAAGUCCUUGCCCUUUGAAGAGGCUGGAAAGAGCAGUCAGGCUCCAGGCUGUAUCUGGGCUGUGUUAUCACCAGCUGGAGAAAUCCAGGGCUCGUGCUCCCUCGUGGGCAGGCUUGAGCGGCCCAGGAAAGGCAGGUGCUAGUUGGCUAGACCUACUAUACUAGCAGAGCUUUGUUAUGCAGGAUGAUCUUGCUAGAUUAAAAAAAGCCCCUUAAUUACACAUGGCAGUAGGAAUCUGUUGCAAAUAUGAGACUUGGGAAAUUUUAAUACAUUGACAGAAAUUCAAACUUUUAAUAUCAUUAUCUGCCAGAUACUAGUAAAGGGCAAGGCAGAGGUUCACACAAAAACCGAGCACUGACUUCAAACAUAGAAGGAGCCCCAUAACUAGUACAUUUGGUCUUUUGGGCUGCCUUUCCUACAGACUUUUUUUAGCCUUUAUAUUUUUGCAGCUUAGAAUGUGUUCUGUGUUUUUGAGCCAAAGCUCAUAGACUCAUAGAAUGUUAGAACUGGAAGAGAGGCCGCGUAGAAGUCCUCAGAUGCAACAAGCAAGUUCAGUUUUAUAGGUGAGGACGCUGAGGUCCAGAAGGGAGGCUUGAAGUGAUUGGCUCAGGGUCCCACCAGCCAGGUCUGCCUCCCACUGCACCACCCUGCCUCUCUGAGUGAUUCCCGGUGGUUUCCAUAGGACAGAAGACGUGGCUGCCAGACGGCCAGAUGGAGCACGAUUGUGUUCGUGAACAUAAUAAAAUUAAUAAGAUUGAAAAACUUGAGGAGAUUGAUGUGGGCCUGGGUGUCCCCAGCCAGUGACUAGUCACCAUAGGCUGUGUGUGCAGUGACCUACUUCAAAAAUGCCUACUCUUCAGCCAACAUUUCCACAACUACUUGAAGCUAUUUAUCAGUCUGUUCUACUGAAAACAUGCCCUUUGGUUACUCAUUCUGCCAUUAAUAUUCCGCCAAAAGCCAAGGUCCCCCCAUGGUGUUCUCAUGGAAUGGCCACAGGACCAGCCUUUAAUCUACUCACCCCUUUGUGCACUCACUGCUAGACUUGGCCUUGGUCACGCCUUCCAAAGAGAGGUCUCCUUACUGACCCUGGCAGUCUGUGAACGUGGGCAAGCCUGCCUGGUUUGUGAGAGACGGAAACUCCUCUGUAGACCACCUUUAACGUUUAGCAGCAAGGCAGUCAGUCCUUUCUAGGGGGCGGAGGGCAUGCUUGCACACUGUGUAUUAAGAUGAGUUUUCCUUUGACCUGCUCUUCUUAGGACUCCUCGUCUUGUCCUGUGUGGGUUGAUGUAGGUCACUAAGGAGUAGAUCAAAAUAUGUAGGAAGGCAAGGGGCUUCCCCCCCAUUUAUUCUUUACACUAAAAUGCGUGGAUUCCCAGAGGAGAGCACAUGUUUCUAGUGCUGUCAAGGAUUCCCAGAGCCCAGAGAGGAUAGUCUAGUAUUAGUGAGAAGAGCAAAGUCACUUUUCUCUCCCUCUCGUAGAAUCUUAGAGGCGAGGACCCUUACAGCUGGAAUGGCCAUGGGAGAACCACCUUGUCCAUUCUGGAGUGAAAAGAGCUCCGGGUUUGGAGCUAAGCCCUGCGUCUGAACCUCACCUCUGCUGCUCUCUGGUUUGGUGACUUGAGGCAAGUCCCCUCCCCUCUCUGGGCCUUGAUUUCCUCACCUGUAAAAUGAGGAGAUUGGACUGUGGAUCAUCCCUUAGUGUCCCUUCCAACUCCUAAAGUUCUAUGAGCCUACAUCGCUGCCACAUUCUACGAAAGGGAGCUGGGUUACACGAGGUGAGAGAAGAUUAGAAGGGGUAGGCCCCAUGAGAGCCUUCCGUGAUGUGGCCCGCUCCCCAACUCACAGGCGAGGCUUCCCGAUGGCUGAUGGAUGAGCAUCUGGGGUCCCCGUCGGCUGCGAGGCCUGUUCUCUGCCCUGGGAGGAUUGCAUGCGCUCCGGGGGCAAGCAUUUCCCUUUGAGCUGCCUGUGCUGCUUGCUACUCUCCCUGCUUUGUCCGUCACCCCAAGCUCUGGAUGUUCCGUGGGCCAUCACUGUGGUUUAUUUAUCCUUUGGUUCUGUCAAGCCUUGAUGGUCAUGAGGCUGCUUCAUUUGAUGCACUGUUUAAGGGCUCGUGCUCCAACCCUCGUUUUUCUAUCAUUCGUGGAUUGUGAAGACAGCUCCUGGGGUCUCCAGCCUCACCGCACUCCCUGGUCCAAGGAGUUGAGGUGGGUGAUGUCUUCUGACUUGGGUCAUUAACCUCGUGUGCCGGUCUUCGUGCUUCUGUCGUGGGCUGAAGGGGGACUCCUCUCUCCAUGCCCAUGGCUGCCUGGGUCCGUGCUCAGUCACUUACACACUGGUUGGGCACCUGCUGAAGACGAUCCAAGCGUGGGAGGAACACAGGGACGGUGUGGAUCCUUGGGCCGCUGUGAUGAAGCUUCGCAGCUACAUCUUGGGGAGGAGACAGCUGUUGACUUUGGUUUUAACACGGUGUUCCUGACUGAUGCUUCCUGUGGACGAUGUGGGGAGAACCUCUUGAAGUCUCACCUAGGAACCCAAGGCCCAGGAGAAAGGUGUUCUGUGGUGCUGACUUCAGUCGCCCCUACUUCUGCCCAAGCAGCUGAGGUUCCUCUGCACGAGGGAGUGGCCUGGCGUCCAGGAUGGGCGUCACUGUGUGUCCUCCAGCCCCCAGCAGGACGGACGAUGACUCUUUCAACUUGUAACUUAAAAAUCGUGAACUUCAGGCAAUAAUAUUUUCUGUGUAAGCUUUUAAAAUUAUUUUUGGGGGAUCAUAGCUUGUUUUAUUUUGUGCUAUAAAAUUAACAGUAUUAAAUGACUUCUAUUCUUAGAAUACAUUGAGUGUCUUUUCUUAACAGAUUAGUGCCUUUUUAUUUUCCUACUCCAUUGAUUCCAUAGUACUGGGCCAGACAUUAAAGCCGGUGUUUUCAGUGGCCUGUUUGUACACUGUCUGAAUAAACCUUGCAUCAACUUGC